AUCACUCAAUUUAGGGUCCGUGCCUUCGGAGUUUGGACCUUCAAAUAAAUGCAGCAAGCUCAGAUUUGCUCGCUAAUUUAGAGAGAGAGAGAGGUGUUCGGUCGCUGUCCAAUCUGGCCGGGAUCUGACGCCAAUUCGCCGGAAAGAUGUCUUCCGGCAGGUACAUGGCUUACUCACCCUCUCCCUCGACCGCCCCUCACUCUCCUCACAUCGGCGGGCUUCGCUCCGCCACCACCGCGAUCGUCGAGCAAGAGAAGUAUCUCUCUGAGUUAGUGGCUGAACGUCACAAGCUUAGUCCAUUUAUGCCUGUACUUCCUCAUUGCUAUCGGUUGUUGAAUCAAGAAAUAUUGCGUGUAACCAAUCUGUUGGGGAAUGCGUCAGUUUUAGAUCAAAGUGGGCUUGAACAUGCUAGCCCUCUAGCUUCAGGAGGAAUAUUUUCAAAUGGAGGAGCUAAUUUGAACAGAUGGGCAUCAGCCGCAUCACCGAUUCAAUCAGAAAUGUCAGGUCUCUUACAGCCUUCAUCUGCACAAAACUGGCUUAGUUCUCAAGGUAGCUCAUCUGGUCUCAUAGUGAAGAGAACGAUCAGGGUGGAUAUUCCUGUUGACCACUAUCCCAAUUACAAUUUUGUUGGACGCCUCCUUGGCCCUAGAGGGAACUCUCUCAAGCGAGUGGAAGCAAGUACUGACUGCCGUGUUUUGAUCAGAGGACGUGGUUGCAUCAAAGAUCCUGCUAAAGAAGAGAUGAUGAGAGGAAAGCCGGGGUAUGAGCAUCUGAAUGAACCUCUCCACAUACUUGUCGAGGCAGAAUUACCAGUUGAGAUUAUUGAUGCUAGGCUAAUGCAAGCACGUGAGAUUCUUGAAGAUCUGCUCAAGCCCAUGGAUGAAUCUCAGGAUUUCUAUAAGAAACAUCAACUACGGGAGCUCGCAUUGAUUAAUGGUACACUUCGUGACGAAGGUUCUCAAAUGUCUGGUUCUGUGUCCCCCUUCCACAACAGCCUUGGUAUGAAGAGGGCCAAGACGAGGGGGUAGUGGAAAUCCUCAUUUGUGCGCUUUUGGAACUUGUCCGUUAGUCUCUUAAGGCGGUGCUGUGCAGCCAAUGCCUCCAACUGCCAUCGGGGCACUGGCUUUGAAAUGUGCCAGUUCUAAUUUGUUUGCGUGUGAUAUGAAGUGUUAUUUAUCUUUCUAUUUGGGGGAGGUUUAAUUGACAGUGUCCAUGUUGCUUUAGGCAGUUUGGGUAGAACAUUCUCUCUCCCAGACUGUCGUUUAUCCUAAGCUUGUGAUGAUGGCUUUGUUACAGGGGAGAUUUCUGUGAGAAUUAAGGUAUGGUUUGUAUACUGAAAGUGAGGCAAACAAUGUCUGCCUUGUGCAUAUUGUUUAGGUCAAGUGUUAUGUUACUAGUAGUAGCAUAGGUGGUAUUGAAGAUUUGUUGAACUCAUUCUUUCUCGGUGGUUCUUUAGUGAAAUGGUACUAUGUUCUCCAGUUGUUCUGUUCUGGGUUAUAACUC